AUGCUCCUUCGUCUCCUCCCGGCGCCGACGCAGGCUCAGCCGGCGCCUCCCACCAUCCUCUUCACCCUUCCUCUCCCGGCCAGCCCCUACACCUCGCGCGGUGUCCCGUUGCCCCCAAACCUGCUUGCCCACCGCUCGCUCUGUGUCCAGGAGGACAUCGAGUGCACAAACGUCCUCCUCGGUGACAAGGCGUCCUGGAUCGGCGGCGUCGUUGACAGUGUGACCUUCUCUCUUCCCCAGGAGACGAUUGUCGUGCACUUCAUCGACGGCACCAGCAUCAACGUCAACCUCAGCAACGAGUGCAUCGCUCAGCUUGGACACGUCGUCAACGAGGUCCAACUCAGCUUUGCCGCAGUCAAUGCUUCCACCGCGCCUCCUCCCCUUGUUGCGUCGCCGGCCGACGUCUCGGGCCGCCGCUCCCCCAUGUCCAUCUUGUCGUCGCUCAUCACGCCGCUCAUCAGCGCCCCGCAGCCGCGCCCCGUUCUUCCCCCGCACGUAGCGGUCCACCAGCAGCCUGCUCGCGCGCACCGCCGCCAGGCACGCUCGCUCCUUGUCGACGCGUUCCGCCGCCAUGUUCUCCCCGUCCUCAAGGAGACGCUCCCCUCUGCCUAUCUGCUCUGGACGAUCCAGAGCGAGGCAAACCAGAAGGUUGCCGAGUUCAACAGGGGUCGUGACGAGAUCGUCGAGCUUGUCGAGGCCUCUGGUCUCCAGCUCGACCUGUCCGUUGAGCAGGUGUCGCUGCACGACCGCCGAGACUCGUCGUCGACCCUCGGUGGCGACUCGGAGUUCGCCGCGACUACCUCGAGCAGCGACUCGUCCAUGGCGCCCGGCUCCCCCCAACGCUUCCUCGCUUCCGUGCCUGCCGUUAGCGCGAUGCCCGUGGCCCAGCGAGUCAUUUACAGUGCUCAGCUCACGCGGGUGACUCACCUCGCUGCUCGCCUCGGCAGCAUCACCAAGCUCGCAACCCGCUACGAGCGCGAGGAGGGCAAGCGCCAGUGGUUCGAGCACAUGGAGCUGACACGGGACGCCGACAAGGCUCUUCGCCGGGCGUUCUCGAACGGCCUGCUCCGUCGCACGGACACCCUGAAUGCUACUCCGCUGCAGCGCUCGUCCCUGUCUCAGUCUGUUACUGCCGCCGAGCUCGACGGGACCGCCUCUCACCCAUCCUCUUCCCUCGAGUCGAUUAUGGAGAACGACCUGUCGGACAUGGAGAGCGAGCCGGAGCUGGACGAUCGCUCGUCAUCCGCAUCCCCCGAGCCUCUGCCUACUACGCCGACAAUGGAGCGCUCUCUCUCCUUCGCCUCGGACGAAGGCUACUGCCAGGAACCCCUUUCGCCGACUCCCGAGCGCAAGGCCCAGUUUGCCGAUGCCGCCGAAGUGUCCGAGCGCCUUUCCCCCGAGUGGCACCAGCACCAGGCGCCGCCGGACGUGCCACUCCCUCCGUGUCCCAAGUUUGGCGACACCUGGGAAGCGCCGAAGCACGACCUGUGGCCCGGGCUCAAAAUCACCUACUAA